UAGCCAUUUCCCACUAUUCUAUUAAGGGGGGAUAAAUGUGUAGAAGAAAGAGUAUGUUGAUAAAGAUAUUUUUCUUUUCCAAAAUCAAAAGAGCGAUUGGCAUGAAAAAUUAAAGGAUUUCUAAUUAUUUUUUUAUCUUUUAUCCUAUAAUGAGCAUAAACCUAUUAGAUGGAAAAAAGGGAGGAUGGGAGUCCGUUAAUGAGUUUACCUAUUUCUUUCCGAGGUAUCUAUUCUUUUCUAUUAGACUACUUUGUUUUUACUGUAUCGCACUAUGUGUCAUUAAAUAACCCAAUAAAAAUCCUCUAUCCUUGCUUCAAUCCAAUUUAAUUUCAAAUAAAAAAUGGAGGAAUAUCAAAGAUAUUUAGAAGUAUAUAGAUCUCGAAAAAAGAACUCUCUAUAUCCAUUUAUCUUUCGAGAGUAUAUUUAUACAUUUGCUCACGAUCACAGUUUAAAUAGAUCUACUUUGUUGGAAAAUGCAGGUUAUGACAAUAAAUUUAGUUUCUUAAUUGUAAAACGUUUAAUUACUCGAAUGUAUCAACAAAAUCAUUUUUUUUCUGCUAAUGAUUCGAAUCAAAAUCUAUUUUUUAGGUACAACAAGAAUUUGUAUUAUCAAAUGAUAUCAGAGGGUUUUGCAGUUAUUGUGGAAAUUCCACUUUCACUACGAUUAGUAUCUUCUUUAGAAAGGUCGGGGGUAGCAAAAUCUUAUAAAUUACGAUCCAUUCAUUCAAUAUUUCCUUUUUUAGAGGACAAAUUUCCACAUUUAAAUUAUGUGUCAGAUGUAUUAAUACCUUACCCCAUCCAUCUAGAAAAAUCGGUUCAAAUCCUUCGCUAUUGGGUGAAAGACCCCUCUUCUUUGCAUUUAUUACGACUCUUUCUUCAUGAGUAUUGGAAUUGGAACAGUUUUUUUAUUCCAAAGAAAUCCAUUUCUAUUUGUACAAAAAGUAAUCAAAGAAUUUGCACGUUCUUAUAUAACUCUUAUAUAUAUGAAUAUGAAUACAUCUUCUUUUUUCUCCGUAACCAAUCUUUUUAUUUACGAGCAACAUUUUAUCGAAUAUUUCUUGAACGAAUUUCUUUCUAUGGAAAAAUAGAACAUUUUGUGGAAGUCUUUGCUAAUGGUUUUCAGGCAAUUCUAUGGUUGUUCAAGGAUCCUUUCAUGCAUUAUGCUAGAUAUCGAGGAAAAUCCAUUUUGGCUGCAAAAGAUAGGCCUUUUCUGAUGAAAAAAUGGAAAUAUUACUUUGUCAAUUUAUAUCAAUCUCAUUUUUAUGCGUGGUUUCAACCAGAAAAGAUCUAUCUAAAUUCAAUAUCUAUGCAUUCUCUCAACUUUUUGGGCUAUCUUUCAAAUGUACAAUUGAAUCCUUCAUUGGUACGGAGUCAAAUGCUAGAAAAUUUAUUUAUAAUAGAUAAAGAUAAUACUAUAAAGAAACUCGAUACAAUAGUUCCUAUUAUUCCUUUAAUUGGAUCGUUGGCAAAAACAAAAUUUUCUAACGCAGCAGGACAUCCCAUUAGUAAACCAACUCGGGCUGAUUCAGCGGAUUCUGAUAUUAUCGACCGAUUUGUGCAUAUAUACAGAAAUUUUUCUCAUUAUUAUAGCGGAUCCUCAAAAAAAAAGAAUUUGUAUCGAAUAAAAUAUAUACUUCGACUUUCUUGUGUUAAAACUUUGUCUCGUAAACACAAAAGUACUGUACGCAUUUUUUUGAAAAGAUUAGGUUUGGAAUUAUUAGAAGAAUUUUUUACGGAGGAAGAACAGAUUCUUUCUUUGAUCUUCCCAAAGGUUUCCUCGAUUUCGCGCAGGUUAUAUAGAGGACGAGUUUGGUAUUUGGAUAUUAUUUCUAUCAAUGAUUUGGCUAAUCAUGAAUAAUUAAGUCUAAAAAGAUGUAAAUUGAAAUUAUCCCUAAAUGAUGAAGGGAUAACAAAAAAUUCAGUCAUUUGAAAUCUCUUAUGACUCCUAUGAAAUGCUCAUACAGUAUACGAGUAAGGAUUGAGCGACUGAGUAUUCAACUUCCUUAGAGGUUUCAUCUAGGAAGGGUUUCGAUGUAUACAUAGGGAAAGCCCUGUGCAAUGAAAAAUGCAAGCACUGCUUGG